UUUCUGCCAGCAGAACUGCUCUCCGAUAAUUCUCUGACACUACGGGCCGUCGGGCCGUGGCUAAUGAAUUGGAAUGAGGCAAUUGCCAAAGUGCUACGCUUGCCAACUAGAUUUCAAGCGGGUCCAUACAGGCGUCUGUCAGCGUCGUUGCCUUGCUAAACCUCACAACAGGCUUAAAGAGGCAGCUAUAACUUGAAUGCCGUUACACGAGUUCUUUUCUUGCGCUCCUCCCAUCAAUCAUGCUAAAACUGCUUGACCUGUGCAUUUUUGACAACGCGCAGCUCGUUCUCGGUGCUGCCGCUUGCCUUGGGGUAGUAGGAGUAUUUUUUCGGGUGUUCCCUCCUCAGUCAAAGAGUCGCCUUCCUCUUCCACCUUCCCCUCCCACUUGGAGGCUUUUGGGACACGUCUUACCGCCUCGCAAUUCCUUUCUCACAAUAGCGGGAUGGAUUAACGAAUACGGCCCUCUAAUCACCGUUCGGUCGGGAUUUGAGAAAAUCGUUAUCAUCGGCCGUUACAAAGCCGCAAUGGAUAUUAUGGAGAGCCAGGGCGGAACGCUAGCUGAUCGCCCUCGCAAGAUCGCUGCUGGAGAAAUCUUUAGCGGCGGACUGGGCAUCGCCUCUACACCCUUUGGAGACAGGUUUCGUCGGAUGCGUAGAGCACUUCAUACGCAUCUCCAACCUAAAGCGGCUGAGGCUUAUCAACCCCUACAGAUGUCACACGUGAAGAACACUGUCCUCGACAUUCUUGAUGAUCCAUACAAUUUCCAGAACCAUGUGAUAACUUAUGCUGCGACAACAAUUAUGAAAGUUGCCUAUGGGAAUAACACGCCCUUCUCUGCGACCGAUCCCCGAGUCAUUGAGAUGCACGAAAUCAUGAAAUUGGUUGGUAAAAUCCUGCGCCCUGAUGCGUACUACCUGGUGGAGUCGAUCCCGUGGCUCAAACACAUUCCUUGGUAUGGCCGAGAAUUGAAACAGGGGUUCGAGAGGACCAAGCAACUCCACGUCGGUCAGCUGAACCGCGUGAAAGAGCAAAUGAGCAAUGUAGAAAUCGGCCCUUCAUUCAUGAAAUAUAUGCUAGAAAAUAGGGACGUUCAUGGCUUGACAGAUCCCGAGACUGCUUUUCUUGCUGGGGCCUUUUUUGGAGCUGGAUCCGAUACGAUUGCUGCGGGCAUAUGCAUAGUGCUCCUGGCGGCGGUAUGUUUCCCCGAGGAACAAACUCAAGUCCAAGCCGAGCUCGAUGCGGUCAUAGGAAGGCACCGAGCACCAACCUUCGCUGAUCAACAGUCACUGAUCCGCCUGCCCGCCUUCAUCUCUGAGGCUUUGAGAUGGAGACCUGUUACUCCCAAUGGUGGGUAUCGUCAUCAUGGUGUUGCACUGACAAUUUACUACAUUCACACUGUAGGAAUGGCUCACCGAACAACUAAAGACGUGAUUUGGGAAAACUAUUGUAUUCCAGCUGGGACUACAGUAUUCGGCAACCAUUGGGCUAUCUGUAGAGAUCCAGAAGUCUUUCCCGAGCCUGACGCGUUCAUACCUGAACGCUGGAUUAACGACCAAGGCCGCCUGAGAGAUGAUUUGACUAAUUUUGUCUUUGGGUUUGGUCGACGUGUAUGUCCCGGACAACAUGUCGCAACCAGAUCGGUGUUCAUAAACGCCCUGCUUAUUCUUUGGGCCUUCCGGCUCACUCUGGAUCCUGCCAAGCCGUUGAACGACAUGGGAUUCAUGACUGGGGAGAGGUCAAAUCGGCCGUGCACCAUCAAGACUGAGACGAGGAUUCCGGAAAUGGAGCUCAAACGCAUGAUGCAGAAUUAUCCUGAGGCUGCGUGAUUGACGGUGGAUGAAUCGCCAAUGUUCCGAAGCAUCACCCUAGGAUUAGUACGCGCUGUAAUUCACCUUGUAACUCAUUCG